GCUGGCAGUUUGACCCAAACCGAGCGCACGGGCGCACAUCCUGCUCGCGCAAGUCCGUGAAAGUAACGGAAAAGUCGCCUCAUUUUUUCGCGUCGGAAAUAAAGCACCACGACUUGAUGAAUCCAAACACCACUUUCAUCAGUGUUUUAAUCACCGUAUAAAGUAGCACUCGCGCGUGCACUAUGUGAGAAACCGGGGACGCCGUUACGUUUGACGCAGUCGAAUGGACCUCGCUGGCAACAUGUAAACACCGCGGGUAAAACUGUGGGUUUGGGGUUGUUUUUUUAUUUCUUGGGUUGUCACAUCGAGCUGAGGUUCAGCCAUGAUUCCUCCCGGUAACAUGACGCAGACCGACAGCACCGACAACAGCACCGGGGACGAGAAGGAGAAAGAGCGCGCGCCGGAGCGCAGAGAUGCGCCCCAGUCUCCAACAUCCACGAGCCAGCACGAGUCCAAGCUACAGAAGCUGAAGCGCUCACUUUCCUUCAGGACCAAAAGCCUCCGCAGCAAAAGUGCCGACAACUUCUUCCAUCAUCCGUGUCCUGAGGUUAGCAACAGCAGCAGCACGGGGCAGCUAAGUACCAUCGGCGUGUCUGUGUCGGCUCCGCUCGAGUCCUGUUACCUCCCACCCCUGACUCCACCUCCCAUAACGCCAUCUGGACUUCCCCUGACCAUCUGCUCGCCGUCACGUGCACCACGUCCACCUGACCCCACGGCUCACACCUUCCUGGAGCACACCUUCAAGAAACCGCACUUCUGCGAUGUCUGCAACCAUAUGAUUGUAGGCCCCAACGCCAAGCUGGGUCUCCGCUGCAAAGCGUGUAAAAUGGGCAUCCAUCACAAGUGUCUGAACAGGGUGGGGCAGCAGAGGUGCAUGGGCAAACUGCCCAAAGGCUUCAGGAGGUACUCCAGCUCUCCUCUGCUGAUCCAGGAGCAGUUUGGCUGCAUUAAAGAGGUCAUGCCUAUCGCAUGCGGCAGUAAGGUGGACCCGGUGUACGAGGCGCUGCGGUUCGGGACGUCACUCGCUCAGAAGACCAAGAGGGCCAGUGGCUCAGACUCGCCUCCGAGAAACUCUACAAGCGAUCUUGCUCAAGUUCCUGAAGAAGCAGCCCACUGCAGUCACGCACAACUCACCAGGAAACACAGUGACAACGUCUUCACGUCUCUGGAGAACGGAACGGAAACCUUUCACACGGAGGAGAAGAAACCUGAGGACUCGCAGUAUCAGACUGAUGAAGAUGAAGAUGUGCAAAAGGACAUCCUGCCUCUAAACACCUAUGUGGCUUUGUACAGAUUCAUUCCACAGGAAAGACAGGACCUGGAGCUGAGACCUGGAGAUCGGAUAAUUCUCGCAGACAACUCCAACGAAGACUGGUGGAAGGGGAUGAUUGAGGACCGGAUAGGGUUUUUCCCAGCAUCCUAUGCGCAGCUGGUGAAGGAAGGAGAUCGGGUGUUCAGGUGUAACCGUACCUUCAUCGGCUGUAAGGAACAGGGGCAAAUCACCAUAAAAGAAGGGCAGAUCUGCACGAGCGGCGAGGACGAGAAAAACGGCUUCAUCCUUGUGACCAGCGGAAAGAAACUAGGCUUCGUCCCGUGUGACGUCCUGGAGGACGUCUGAACAACAAGAAGAGAGAGAGAGAGAGAUUGUGUAAGAGAAAGAGUGAGAGAAGAGAGAAUACGCUCUUACAGGAAACGGGACGUCAAACUGGUUCUACAGUCUCCAUCUGUGUGGAAACGAGAGGACAGAAAGUGGAUGGACCUGGAGAUCGAAGGCCUCACAGAUUCAUUCUAAAAAUGUAGAAUCUUAAGGAAAGGACUUGAUCUACAGCAUCAGAUGAUCACAAAACACUCAAAGCUUUUCGAGACCGAAUCCAGGUUUUAAAGAACCCAAAUCUGGUUCUCUUGGAAGCUUCUGGUGAGCAAAACAAAGUGCACCCUGGAUUCUAAGUAUCUCAAGCUCUUCAACGGAUUUGUAUUUAUAAUAAACUUAAAAUAAUUUACUUUUUUCUUUUUUUUUCUACUGCUUUAAAAAAUUACUGUUCUACCGACACACAAUUUUGUCAAGUGAGUUUUUCCAAACGAGGACAUGACUGAGAACCAAGACAUUUUCUUUUCCUUUAAAAAAGGAAAAAAAAAUCCUUAUUCUCAACUACAAAAGACACAGAGCUUCAUUCGCUGACAGAAAACCUCAAAAAAAAGUUGCUGAUGAAGAUUCGUUUGCGUUACACGGCCUGUUCGUUAUUUUAUUUCCUGUUCAUUUACAUCGUAGGUCAUAAUAAUAAAUCACUUUCUGAUUUUUUUUUCUGCUCUAAAACCAACAUUAACGACGAACAGCGUUGCUAAAACUAUUACUCAUGGGACUUUAUAUAUUUAGUAGCAUUAUUAAUUUUGUCUUUUAAGAGAUAAAUCUUUUAGAAUUAUUUUUUUUUCUUUUCGUUUUUCUUUUUAAUCCACACAAAGAAUAUUUCAGCCUAAAACGAAAAAAAAUAAAUAAAAGAAAACAAUAAAUAACAGGAUUGUCGUCCUUUUUACUGUACUUUUACUUUCUUCGGCUAUUUUCAACUGUACGUUUGUCUCCCAGUCAAAAGUUUGUACACCCCUGCUCAUAGAAUAAACUGAACACAAUUAAGUCUUAGUGGUGUUCCUGUUAAACAAUGAAAGACUUUUGGCUUCUUUAUGAACUGCAUGAGGUUCUGCAUCAUUUUUUUCCUAAAUAGAUAGAGAUACAUAGAUUGACAGAUUUUUUUUUUCUUUUAAUGUCUAGUAAAAAUACAGAUAAUCUGGGAAAUAAUGUAGUGCAUGAUCUUAAAUCUUGGCAUCACCUGCUGGAUGAACUUCAGAAUGUGUAUAUGGUGCUACAUGGCCUCCUGUCAAUCAUUUUAUAGACACACCCAGAAAAUUCUGCCUUGCUCCGCCUUUGUGUUCGUCUGUUUAAAAAAGGAAAAUGUGGCAGAAUGUUCUGUUAAACACCAACAGAAUUACAGAUACAUAUGCUAUGAGAAAGAAAAAAUGGCAAUCUAAAAAAAAAUGUAAAAAAAUGUCACAAAACGUGACUGUACAUUUGGUGUUGCGUUUCCAAGAUGGAAACAAAUUGCUCCUUGCUUCAGGAUAAACUUUAUAUGAAAAACCAUUUGAUGGAAAUGUGUGUCAUUGUUCUGGAUUGUCACAGAGCACAAAUUUUGUUUUUAUUUCCAGCAAAAAAUAUUUAAUAUCACAAAAUACAAUGAAGAAUCGCACGGCAAGAACAUAAGAACAAGUUGUGAAAUCAUAACUCAGUACCUGCUGCGUUCGUACUGAUCGGAUCCCGACGUAUGACAUCACCGCAGUUAUGAGACUUAUGAUGUCAUAAUAACCGCAAAAACAUUUUAAUUCUUGUUUGUUUGUUUGUUUGUUUGUUUGUUUAAACUAUCCGCAAGUUAACAAUUAACUCAGGUGUUGUUAAAGAUGUACAGUUUAACCACAAGGAGUCAGGUUUAAUACCUUAUAUUAUGGGACCUCAUGUUAUGGGAUGCCGCAGUGUGCAGUUUCUAUUUAGAAUUCAGACAUACGACUCCUUUUAGCAUACCGCUUUUCCUUUGCUGUAAUGUAGCAUAACAGUGAUAUUCAGACACAGCUAACAAGCACCAUACAACCAUGUCUUAAAUACUUAGUCACGUGACCUAUAUGUUAUGUUCACAUAUACUGAUAUCACAUAUCACAUAUACUGAUCACAGGAAGACGUAGUCUUGUGCCGUAUUCAGCGCAACCCUGACAGUACUUCAGGCUAUGCUAAAAGUGCUAACUAGCUGACUACAGUUAGCUUAAAACCUUGUGAGAACUCAUAACGAGGCAGAACGAUAGUGAAAACGUUUCUCGUUAUGUGCCGAAUUUCCCAUCUUUAUAAUGUUUUAACGUUGCUUUCAAGAUGUUCAAGGAACGCCACACUAAAUGUCAUGCUGAAAUGCUAACAAAUGGACAUUGUUGAUGUUUAUUGGUUUUAGGAAGACGCAGAAAACACAGUCAGUCUGAUAUAUCCCAGUCUACACCUACAGAAUUUACAGCAUGCUAAAUGUAAGGAAUUACGAGCCAUUUUUUCAGAUUAAACGAGUAAAUGUUGGGGUUGUUGUAAUUCACCUAUUUAACCACUAGGGGACCAAACCUAAUGCACCUUUAAUGUGAGCAAACUUUUGAUUGGUUCUCUCUCUCUCUCUCUCUCUCUCUCUCUCUCUCUCUCUCUCACUCUCUCUCUCUCUCUCUCUCUCUCUCUCUCUCUCUCUCUCUCUGUGU